AUGACGUCAUCUGCAUCUCCAGCGGUCAUACUGGUCACGGGUGGUAGUGGUUUAGUUGGCUCAGCUCUGAAGCAAGUCAUCGAUACAGAACCCAUAGGGUCGCGGUUUGGACGGAGGACGAAAGACGAGAAAUGGAUUUUCCUGUCCGGCUCGAAAGAUGGCGAUCUAAGAGACCUUCGUCAGGCACUCGCAGUUUUCGAAAAAUACAAGCCGACCCACGUCAUACAUCUGGCGGCUCUCGUCGGCGGUUUAUUCGCCAACAUGAAACAUAAUGCUACCUUUUUACGUGACAAUAUGAAGAUUAACGAUAACGUCUUAUGGGCUGCCAAAGUACACAACUGUCAGAAAGUUAUUUCAUGUUUGUCAACAUGUGUUUUCCCCGAUAAAGUGGCUUAUCCGAUCAAUGAGAAAAUGGUACAUGAGGGACCACCCCACUCGAGCAAUUUCGGAUAUGCGCACGCCAAACGGAUGGUCGAUGUCCAGAACCAUGCUUACCAUUCCGAGUUUGGCUGCAACUUUACCAGCGCGAUCCCUACGAACAUAUUUGGUCCACAUGAUAAUUACGACUUGGAGAACUCUCACGUCAUUCCAGGAUUGGUGCAUAAAUGCUUUUUAGCAAAAAAAAACAAAACCCCUUUUAUUGUGGCCGGGAGUGGAAAGCCGUUGCGACAAUUUGUUUAUUCGUAUGAUUUGGCUAAAUUAUUCGUUUGGCAGCUUUGGGAAUAUAACGAGAUUGCGCCGAUCAUCCUUUCCGUGGGAGAAGAAGACGAAGUUUCAAUCAAACAGGUUGCGGAUGCCAUUGUGAAAGCAGUAGGAUUUGAAGGAGAUUAUUCGUUUGAUAAAACCAAACCAGACGGGCAAUAUAAGAAAACAGCGAGCAAUUCGAAACUGAGACAGUUGCUGCCUGAUUUCAAGUUCACACCUUUUGAAUACGCCCUAGAAGAAUCUGUAAAUUGGUUCGUUAAUAACUACGAAUCAGCUCGAACAGGUGCAAAGAAUCCGCAAAGCGCUUGA